AUGGCCGAAAGCUUUAAUGAUUUCUUGGCAGGAUAUAUUAGUGGUGUGGCAGGUUUGCUUGUGGGAAGCCCUUUAGAUGUUCUAAAAGUACGGCUCCAAACGCAACAACGAACUGCGCCCACUUCAUCCGAAGGUUUACCGACGUCAUCCAUCAGAACCUUGAUAGAAAUGAAAAAGAAUGAAGGCAUGAAGUCAUUAUUGAAAGGGGUAGAAUCACCGAUCAUAGGGUUGGCAUUAUUGAAUUCAAUUUUAUUUGCAUCUUAUGGAGGAAUUAUAAGAGCAUUUGAAAAAUAUGAUGGUAAAUCACCAUUUGUUCCAACAUUGUCUCAAGUUUAUUUUGCAGGAUUCGGCGCUGGAAUUGCUUGUUUCUUAGCUAGUACUCCAACCGAAUUGGUUAAAUGCAGAACUCAAGCUGUUGUUAAUUCUUCCACUUGGAAUGUCUUCAAAUCCAUCUUUUUCACCAAAGGAAUCAGAGGAUUCUACCAAGGGGGGCUUAUAACAAUUAUCCGGGAUGCGCCAGGAUAUGGUGUUUAUUUUUGGGCAUACGAAGGAUUGAAAAGGGUAUUAGGAGUAACCAUGGAUAAUUCUGGCGAAAAUGUCACAAAGCUGUUAUUCGCUGGUGGAAUGGCCGGAAUGAUAUCUUGGGGUAGCAUUUAUCCGUUAGGUAUUAACAAUCAAACGCAUGUCACAGACGUCAUCAAAUCCCGAUUACAAACGCAAAUAAAGCGUCCAUCAUCAUCAAUUAACCUAAGCUCGAUAACAAUGUUAACCCAAUAUCCGGAAGAAUUAGCACCACUUGUGAGUGAACGUAGACCUUAUUACAAUGGUAUUAUUGAUUGUACUAUAAAAUCUUACCGUGCUGAAGGAAUUUCCGUGUUUUUUAGAGGAAUUAUGCCUACGCUUAUUCGUGCAUUGCCCGUUAAUGCUGUUACAUUUUAUAUUUAUGAGGCGAUGAUCAAGUGGUUAAACGCAGAUUUAAGUAACCUUCUUGAGGAAGGUAUUGACCAUAAUGUUAUUAUUCAGGUCGGCGAAGAACCGAAGAUAAAAUCAUUCCGAGCCCAUUCCGGUAUUCUCCGUGCCAGAUGUCCUUAUUUUCGCACGGCAUUAUCCGAAAAAUGGGUCAACCCACGAGAGGAUGGUAUAAUUGAAUAUAAAAAACCAAACAUUUCUGGCGAAGUUUUUGAUGUAGUUCUCAAAUUAAAAAAGCUUCAAGAAUAUUGUGUGGAUAGGAUAUGUAAAGAUCCCCCUCUGUUAUUCAAUUCGGAAGAUCACCUUUCAGUAAAUUUAACCGUGUUGUUAAGAGUUUUUCAAAGGGAUGAUUUACAACUCGAUGAGAUCGCAGUUUGGGAUUACUUAAUAAGAUGGGGAAUAGCUCAAACGUGCGCAUUAACCGAAACACCGGAUUUGGCCUUGGAACAUAUCUCCAAAUGGUCAGAUGAGAACAUAAAAACGUUACAAUCCUCGAUACAUCAAUGUAUUCCUUUAAUUAGAAUAUUUCAAAUUUCCUCAAAAGAUUUUUAUAGUAAAGUCAUGCCAUAUGAAAGCAUCUUACCUAAAAUGCUUUAUGAGGAUAUCAUGAGGUAUCAUAUGGUUCCCGAUUGCCCGAGACCUUCCUCUUUGAUGCCACCGAGAAGGGGAGGUUUCGAAUCAAAUUUAUUAAGAAUGAAACAUGUCGCCUUAAUUUCGAGUUGGAUAGAUAGAAACGAUUUAAAUGUAUUUUAUAAUUCUACUUGUAUCCCUUAUGAAUAUGGGAGUCCGACCAUCUUAAUCUUAAAAAUUCAUGGGACCGGACAGUUAAUCGGAGGGUAUAAUCCAAUUUCUUGGGAUUCCACGAAUAAAUGGGGAAAUACAAAAGAUAGUUUCCUUUUUUCCUUAGGGGAUGGGGAAGAUCUAAAGAACAUCAUGUUUAGUAGAGUUCAAGAACCUUCAAGAGCGGUUUUAUGCUCUCAAGCGAUCGGACCAUGUUUUGGAAGUGGGGAUUUAGUUAUGGGUGGAACUCAUGCUAACUUUAAUUUGGAGUUAGGUUGUUCUUGUAAAAGACAAUCUUACGAAAGACAUUUGAUCACAAAUCAUGAUAGAUUCUCUGUUGAUGAGUAUGAAAUAUUUAAAGUUAUACCUAAAUUAAAUGCUAGAACAAACCAAAGUUAUAAUCUUAAUACAAGGGCAAGUGGAAGGUUUUCUCUCUUAUUAUCUCAGAAUAAUGAUUUCCCUCCUCAUUCACCUAUUUCUCAUAAUUCUCAUACUAUCCAUAAUUCUCAUCCUCUUUAUAACUCACAUAAUCCUCAAAAUACUCACGCUCCUCAUAACCAUUCUCAUACCCCGUAA